GUUCGGCUUUACUUGACAUAGAAAAGGCCUUGAACGUAGUUGAACACGUUGCGUUCAAAUAUCACCGACGACGUGGACGUCCACUUGUUCUUGUCAUCAAUAACAUCCACGCCUUUGGUGAAGAUGAAGAAGGAGUUGAUCUGCUGGAAAUUCUUCGGCAGCGCGCUGAAGCAUGGGCAGCUACCAGACUCGUGACAAUGGUUUUCAACACUGAUGAUUAUUCCGUCUACGAGAGAUUGAAAAGAGAUGCAGCACGCAUGGAAGUCGUCCGAAUUGAGGAUUUGGAAUUAAAAGACGCCGUUAAGUUCCUAAAGGAUAAACGACAUAACAAGGAACCGGAUGAAGUCUACGAACAAUAUGUUAGGGAACGUGUCGGCGGGCGAUUAGCGUUUCUGAAUAGAUUGGCAAAGGCAAACGAUCUUCAAGUCAUGAUCAAAAUAAUAGAACAUGAAGAACGAACGUGGAUAAUAAACACGAUAGGUUUGAUUCCCGACUUUGAAGAAUCCGAAUUUGACAACCAGAAAUACGCAGCAGCCGCCUGGAAGCUAAUUCGCGCUAUAGUUGAAUCUCCGACAAAGUCAAUUCCUUUGAACGAGUGUCGCAUCAUCACCGGUAACUCGAGCUUCCACAGAAGGCUCGAUCACGAUAAUAUAAUAGUCAUUGACAACGACAAUAACGUUACAGCAGAUUCCAAGAUGUUGAUGAAUAUUUUCGAGGAGAUUGUGAAUUCUGAAGGAUUCGAUGAUUUGUUGAAAAAUGUUAUAAGCAGAAUAGAAGAAGUAGACAAAGAGCAGAGAACAAGGGAAAUAGUAUGGAGUAGUAAAAAUACUCAGGUCGUUAAAUUUGGAAUGGAUCAAACUAAAGCGAGGAGUAUCUUUUGGUAG